AUGAAGUUCUCCGGUGUUGUCGCUUUCUCCCUCUUCGCUCUGGCCUCUGCCCAAAGCCAGUCCUCUACCGCUCCACUGUCGCCAGCGGCCAGCUGUGCCCUUAAAUGCAAUCCCACCGACGUCUGCUGCAGGGCUGCGUGCGCUGGUGUUCCCUGCCCUGAUGCUGAUGCUGCCAAAAAGACCACCGAAUGCGCCGCCAAGUGUCCCCAAGGCAACGGAAGCCAGGCACAAACUGAGGCCUACGCCCAGUGCCAGCAGGCUUGCAUUAAGUCCAUCUACUUGUCGUCCGCUGCUACCCCUCCUCAAACCGGCGCUCCCGCCCAGCCAACCAGCGCUUCGUCCCCAACCCCUAUCCCCAGCCCCAGCCCCAGCGGUAGCUCUUCCGGAACUGCCUCCGGCAGCUCGUCUGUUCGCCCAACUGGUAGCAGUUCAAGCACCAGCACUCGCGCAAGCAGCUCCGCCAGCGCCACCAGCGCUGCCAGCACUCCUAACGCUGCUGCCGGUCUUUCCGGUGCUUCUGCUGGCACUUUCUUCGGCCUCGCACUCGCUGCCUUUGCCCUCUAA